AGUAGCUCUGACAAGCUUGCUGUUAAACACUUGUGAGUGUGAGAAUGUUGGAUGUCCUCCAGGAGUUGCCUCAACAGGGCCUCCAUCAACACUUCCUCCUUCUUUUUCUUGGUUGGUAUGUGUUUAGCUGGUACUGCAGGGUCAAAUCGCGAAGCUUUGAGAUCUUCGAGUGUGAGUCGAGUGAUGCUGCGCCACCUCGAGUCUCUAGCCCGCGUGAAUCACAAUUUACGCUCCUUGCUACGUUUGAAACUCAGGGACUUUAGUACUCCAUCAGGAGAACUUCCAGGCCUGAAUGUCGAGGAUUGUAAUUCGAUGCCAACAGGACGUAUGCUGAAUAUCUCUGUUAGUCUUCUUGAAUGCGACCCAAGUUCACAUACCGAAGCUCGGGUUCUCUGGCCGGAACAUGUUGAGAUUUCAGUGUCGCCCGCUCUCUUUCACUCAUAAUUCAUGCUCACAUGCUCCAUUCAACACCAUGGUACAGGAACACCCGUAUGUUCUUCACAAG